GCCGACCGCUGCUGCCGCCUAAUUCUUGCGAGUGUCGUCCGUGGCGGUCAUCUGGCUAAAUCAGAGGAGCCACCUUUUUUCGGCUGGUGAAAAUUGACUUUGAAUUUCGUUCCGUAUAUAAAAGUUAUCUUCACCGGGGAGCAUCUUUAGUUGGAGAUUGUGAGGCCUCGGAUGUAGUGAUUCGUCGUCUGUUUGUCGAGCUGCAUCGAUUACAUGGUAUUUGGGAAUAUAAAGGGUUCGAUUGAAGUAGGCGCAUCUAUAAACAAAACAUUCCGCGGCAAUUGGUGCAAUCGUAGGUAGUAAACAUUUGCUAAUUCUGUUUAUUGACGUCACUCAGUUCCGGCUAGCCUUUGGUGGUAUGGAGACGCUUGGUGCAAAGUUGUGAACUCUUGUUGUAGUGGAAACAGCCCACAGUACAACUGGGUGAUAAUGGAUGUCUAAUUAAACAAACGGAUGGUACGACUAAAAGGAGUUACGAAAGUGAUAAACAGAUUCGCCAGAAAAGGAAGUUUGUCCCAACCGAAAAUAAAAAUAGAUGGCUAAAGCAGCAAUUGGUAUUUGAGGCAUUUGGGUAUUUUGUCACGUGUUCGUGCCGGAUCUGCGAUUUGAGUCAUGGAUAAAUUACUAAUUUGGAUAUUCACUUCGGUGCUGCUAGCCUACAUCGUCUCCGCUUUGGACAACGAGAACAUCAACAUCAAUGUAAAUGUUGAUUCCGACUCGAAAACAUACCAUCAGUUCAAAACGCGGGAAGGAUCCUUCAACUAUGGGUACAACGUAGCCAAGAAACGUUUCAACCAGUUCCAGCACAAGGUCAAGGGCCCGGAUGAUGUCACGUACGGAUGCUACGGUUUCGUGGAUCCCAAAAAUGGUACCCAUCUCUAUCACUACGUGUCGGAUCUGAAGGGCUAUCGGAUAGUGGCGUUCAACAAGACGACCAAAGUCUACCGGCAACGGGUGGGGGAUAGUGUAAAGCAACUGCUGCAAGCCGUCGAGGAGAAUCUCUCGUGGGAUCAACUUUACUUCCCAGAGGUAUGUCGAUAUCUCUACUUUAGUCAGAAAGAAUCGAACCAAUUCGCUCUGCCGGAAGAUGCCACCGUUCGGGACGAUGGUUCAGUCAUCAUUGGACCGGCGAAUCCAAAGCAAAUUACUUCACGGCCAUCGCCUCGACCGGUUGCGAAUGCCAUUACAACUCCGAGACCAAUAGCUCCAACGAGAAACGUAGCACUAGGUACGGUUACAAUCAGCAAAGGGUCUAUCCCGACGAGUCCAAGAACUACGCUGGCACCUCGGACGACUGCUGCUCCCAAGCGGGUUUAUAAUGACUAUCCGUCGAAGGUCGUUGAAAAACCAGUUGAGAUCUAUCCAAAAGUAAAACUCAAUGCCGGAGUGGGCCUGUCAACACGAAAACCGCACGAGAACUUGAUCCUUAAUUUAGCAACGACACAAUCGGAAACCGUUGUGAAUCCAAAUAACGCUGACAGGGGUGACUUGUUCUCUAUCGGGCAGGACAUACAGGAAGUGAAGUCUACCCUGAAAAAGCUUAUCAAUCACCUACUCUCGAGGAAUUCGGACUGCAAUACUCCUUCCAUUACUGGGCCUAGCUCUGGUCCCGGUUAUCAUUACCACCCAAAUAAUGCAGCUCUUCCGUCGAGCAUCGAUACAGAUUUCAACCCUUCGCGGAGUCCUGUCGUCCCAGCGUCCGGUGAACCGGUGCGAUCAGGUGCAGUAACUGCAUAUUUGCCGCUAAUUGUGGCGGAUUUCGCAGCAGGAAAAGCCCCACACAUUUUAGGCAGUAUUCCUGAGAGUGGAUCGGUGAAACUAGCCCUUCCCGCCUAUCCGGCCUUUCAUCCACCACAGUGUCCAGUGUGUCGAAAUGAUAGAAAUAAAAAAUGAAA